GCGGACGCGGGGUACCGAGGACUUUGCAACUUGCCCGGGAAGGUGGAGGGGCGAGAGGGGGAGGGGGACCUCCGCACGAGACCGAGCGGCCCGGGUUGGAGCGCCCAGCCCCGCGGCGGAUCAUGGUGCAGCAGGCGGAGAGCUUGGAAGCGGAGAGCAACCUGCCCCGGGAGGCGCUGGACACGGAGGAGGGCGAAUUCAUGGCUUGCAGCCCGGUGGCCCUGGACGAGAGCGACCCGGACUGGUGCAAGACGGCGUCGGGCCACAUCAAGCGGCCGAUGAACGCCUUCAUGGUGUGGUCCAAGAUCGAGCGCAGGAAGAUCAUGGAGCAGUCUCCGGACAUGCAUAACGCCGAGAUCUCCAAGAGGCUGGGCAAGCGGUGGAAAAUGCUGAAGGACAGCGAGAAGAUCCCGUUCAUCCGGGAGGCGGAGCGGCUGCGGCUCAAGCACAUGGCCGACUACCCCGACUACAAGUACCGGCCCCGGAAAAAGCCCAAAAUGGACCCCUCGGCCAAGCCCAGCGCCAGCCAGAGCCCCGAGAAGAGCGCGGCGGGCGGCGGCGGCGGCGGCGGCGGCGGGGGCGCGGGCGGCGGCGCGGGCGGCGCCAAGACCUCCAAGGGCUCCAGCAAGAAAUGCGGCAAGCUCAAGGCCCCCGCGGCCCCCGCGGCCGGCGGCGCCAAGGCCGGCGCGGGCAAGGCGGCCCAGCCCGGGGACCUGGGCGGCGCGGGCGACGACUACGUGCUCGGCAGCCUGCGCGUGAGCGGCGCGGGCGGCGGCGGCGGCGGCGGCGGCCCGGGCAAGACGGUCAAGUGCGUGUUCCUGGACGAGGACGACGAGGACGACGAGGACGACGACGAGCUGCAGCUGCGGAUCAAGCAGGAGGCGGACGACGACGACGACGAGCCGCCGCACCAGCAGCUCCUGCAGCCCCCGGGCCAGCAGCCGCCGCAGCUGCUGAGACGCUACAACGUCGCCAAAGUGCCCGCCAGCCCCACGCUGAGCAGUUCGGCCGAGUCCCCCGAGGGCGCGAGCCUGUACGACGAGGUGCGGGCCGGCGCGACCUCGGGCGCCGGGGGCGGCAGCCGCCUCUACUACAGCUUCAAGAACAUCACCAAGCAGCACCCGCCGCCGCUCGCGCAGCCCGCGCUGUCGCCCGCGUCCUCGCGCUCCGUCUCCACCUCGUCGUCGUCCUCGUCCAGCAGCAGCGGCAGCAGCGGCGGCGGCGGCGGCGAGGACGCCGACGACCUGAUGUUCGACCUGAGCUUGAAUUUCUCCCAGAGCGCGCACAGCGCCGGCGAGCAGCAGCUGGGGGGCGGCGCGGCGGCCGGGAACCUGUCCCUGUCUCUGGUGGAUAAGGAUUUGGAUUCGUUCAGCGAGGGCAGCCUGGGCUCCCACUUCGAGUUCCCCGACUACUGCACGCCCGAGCUGAGCGAGAUGAUCGCGGGGGACUGGCUGGAGGCGAACUUCUCCGACCUGGUGUUCACGUAUUGAGAGGGGCGCCCCGCUUCUCGCUCUUUCUCUCCGCGGGGUGCAGAGCAGGGUUCCUCGGGAGGAAGUCGUGGUGGUCAUGAUGAUGAUGAUGAUGAUGAUGGUGUCGAUGGUGUCGAUGGUGGUGGUGGUAGGGUGGAGGGAGAAGACGACGCUGGUCUUGAUAUGAUGUCGUGACACAAAGAAAUUGGAAAAGAUGAUGAAAAUUUUGGUGGAGUUAAAGUGAAAUGAGUAGUUUUAAAACAUUUUUUCCUGUCCUUUUUUUGCUCCCCUCCCUUCCUUUAUCGUGUCUCAAGGUAGUUGCAUACCUAGUCUGGAGUUGUGAUUUUUUCCCCCCCAAAUGUGUUUUUGUAAUUACUACUUCUUUUUCCUGAAAUUCGUGAUUGCAACAAAGGCGGAGGGGACAGGGCGGGGGAGGGGAGGGAGGACCCGCUCCGGAAGGCGCUGUUUGAAGCUUGUCGGUCUUUGAAGUCUGGAAGACGUCUGCAGAGGACCUUUUGGCAGCACAACCGUUACGCUAGGGAGUUGGUUGGAGAUUUUUUUUUUUUUUCUUAAGAGAUCUUAAAGAACUGGUGAUUUUUUUAAAAAAACAAACACAAAAACAAAAAAGGGACCAUUGCAACUUUUUUAUUUUAUUUUAUUUUUUUGGAGGGAGAAAACUGAUGUCUUCUAUGCAUCCGAUACUUAACAAAACUGCAGGGAGCUUGAAAAAAUGCAGACUGUACAAACGCUCACAAAAAAACAAAAAAAAAAAAAAAACAAAAAAACUGUGAACUGACUUAAGAUCAGAGUUUACUUUUCAGAUCAAAUUGUUUAUGGUUUUACAAAUGUGAUUUCUACUUGCCAACUUUUUUUUUGUAACUUGUUCCCUUAUACCUCCUUGAUUGAAUACCAGACAGCCUAGACCUCAGUACAAAAGGUAUUGAAACAUUUUUGAUACAUAACAGACCUCAGUCUUUUUUAAAAAUUAAUAUAUUUUCAGGCGUAUUUUUGUACAGUGAAAAGGGAACAUUCUUGCUGUGUUUUUUCAGUAAGACUUUCAGGCACUUCUUCCCUUUUGAUUUCUUUUUUUUUCCUCUGUUUUUUUUUUAGCAUGCAAGUAUGUUGGUACGUGAUGUCCUGGUUUAAAAGGAUUAAAAUUUUUAAAUAAUCCUUGCAUCUAAAGGCCUUGUGGUUUAAAAGAAAAACAAAACUUUUUUUUGUACAGCUAUAGUAGAGAUUUGUUCAAUAUUUGUAGGUAAAGAUUUAUUGAAAAUGGUGAUAUAGACCUCAGAGCUGUUAUCUUAGUUUAAAGAUUGUAUAUGUACUGUACUAUACUAGGACUUUAUGUAUCUCAUACGCUGUGAUAUGUGGAUGGGGCCCCAGAUGGAAGGUUUGAAACUGGAUUCUCGAUUUUUAGCAAAAAAAGAAAAAAAGAAAAAAAAGGCACAUAGUUUAAAAAGUUUCUCAUUUUGUGCAAUAUAAUCUAAAUAAAGUACAGACCAUCUGCAUAUUUUGUAGCAAAUGGUGGCAAAGCAGACUCAAUGCACUGUCGACAUCAUUGCCUGUUUUUUUUUUUUUGUUUUUUUUUGUUUGUUUUUGUUCUUUUUUUUGUUUGUUUGUUUUCUUGGGUUGUUUUUGUUUUUGUUUUGUCUUUUUUUGGUGCUGGAAGUCUGUAUCUUGACAAUUUUAAUAAAUCAGCUGGAACUGAUAGAAACUCGCAUCGCCACUAGUCUCUAUAGCAGUCGAACUGGAGGUCCCGUUGUCGCAGCGCAGUGACGAGGCCGUUGUGUGCGCGGGUGGGAGGUGGGGGUCAGGCUGGAAGGUGUUCAGGGACAGGCCGGUUUCUUCUUCCUCGGCCUUCCGUGGCUAGUUACUGAGAACCAGGGAGGAGGACUCUUUCUCUGCCUUC